AAAACGUUGAUUAAUCUUAAUAAUUAUUAAAUUUUCAAAACACGUGAAUAUAUAUUAUUAAAAUUAUUAAAUAUGAAUGAAUCUCAAAAAAUACAAUAUUUGAUUGUUGAUACAAGUGCCUUCAUCCGAAAUGCAUCUUUACAGAAUAUUGGUGUUAAUAUAAUAACAGAACAAGAUGUAGUGAAUGAGGUUAUAAAUAAAAGACAAUUAAGAAGAUUAGUUGUCUUACCAUAUGAUUUAAAAAUAAAAAAUGCAUAUUCUGAAAACAUUAAAUUUGUUACAGAAUUUGCUAAAAAAACUGGUGAUUAUAUUAGUUUAUCAGCAACUGAUAUAAAAAUAAUUGCAUUAACAUAUCAGUUAGAAAAAGAAAAAGUAGGAAUUAAUCAUUUAAGAACAGAGCCAAUAAUUGCACAAACUAUAGACUCUAAUAUUGAAAAAGCUAUGGAUUUUCGUACAUCUUUAGCUGGUUUUUAUAUCCCAGAAAAAGAAUUAAAAAUAAAAAAAUCUCUUAAUGAAGAAAAUAAUAAAGAAAAAAUAGAAACCAAUUUUGGAAAUAAUAUAAAGAAUAUUAAUCAUAAAGAAAAAAAAGAAAAUGAAAUUGAAUCAAAUUAUAGUGAAUCUUCUACCGGUAUUGAUUAUAAAACAGCAUAUUCUGAUAUAGAUCAAGGCAGUAUAGAAAAUUUAUCUAUCAAAUUUUCAAAAUUAACAAGAUUUGUUGUUCAAAAUAAAAAUAAUAUUAAACAUAAUGUUGAUGAUAUUCUUAUUCCAAUAAAAAAAAAUGAUGAUAAAAUUAAUAAUAAGAAUAAUGAAUAUGAAAAUAAUAAAAUUGAUGAUGAUGAUGAUGAUGAUGAUGAUGAUGAUGAUGAUGAUGAUGAUGAUAGUGAUAGUGGUUGGAUUACACCUGGAAAUAUUUAUAAUAUAAAGAAAGAACUUGAUUCAGAUUUUCUUGAACAAAAAUCUGUAAUUGUUGCUUGUUUAACAAUGGAUUUUGCUAUGCAAAAUGUUUUAAAACAAAUAGGAUUAAAUGUAGUUGCAUUAGAUGGAAAAAUAAUUAAACAAAUGCAAACAUAUAUUCUUAGAUGUUAUGCAUGUUAUAAAACUACUAGUAUUAUGACGAAAAUUUUUUGUCCUAGUUGCGGUAAUAAAACAUUAAAAAGAGUUGCAAUUACAUUGAAUGAAGAAGGAAAACAAAAAAUUCAUAUUAAUUUCCGAAGACCAAUUUCAAAAAAAGGAAAAAGAUUCUCAUUACCUAUGCCAAAAGGUGGCAAACAUGCAAACAAUCCCAUUCUUUGUGAAGAUCAACCAAUUCCAGAUCAAAAACCAACACGAUUAGCACGUACCAAAUAUAAUCCUUUACAAGAUGAUAAUAUAGCUGAAUAUUCUCCAUUUAUUAUGCGUGAUGUAUAUUCAAAAUCAGCUAUGUUGGGCAUAAGGGCAAAAAAUCCUGUUAAAUAUUGGAUGCAAAAAAAUCCAAAUGAAGUUAGAAGAAAAAGAAAAUAAAUAAUUUUAUCUUUGAAUUUAUAUUUGGAUAAUAAAAAAAUAUAAAUAAAUUACUAUAUAUAUAAUA